UAGGAAAAAAGUGACCUCUAGCUCUCAUGCAGCACUAGCUAGUACUAGCACACAGCUAGCUUUUAAAUUUUAUAGCCUGUCAAGAAGAUAUUCAUGCUCAGUGAAUAUGUAUGGGACCGGGAGUACCCCAGACUGCCAACUAGGAUAUACUGACCCUGCACAUAUGUGUGGGAGAGACUGCUCCAAGGAACACUCACGAAGCAAACGCUCUGUAUCAUUCAAUAGCAAGUCAAGGAGUCCCACCAGUUCGUCUCGGUCAGGCUCACUCUCACCCAUUGACAGUGUGGAGCAACGACUACUACCACUCUCUGUUGUAAACUCCAGCAGCAGAAGACUAUUAAUGGCUAGUAAUGAUAGAGAGCUGGAAAACUCUGGACAAAGCUGGGGCUCACGGACUACAGCUUCUAGUUAUACAACUCCCAUUGGUGAUAUUAACUCCGAUUACCAUGGUUUCGUAGGCGAUGAAGACCCGACCUUUAGUAUCAUAUCUAGGGACCACACGGCCAUGGCUAUCAGGAAGUGUGAGAGAUAUAUUCUCCGUCCCUACAAGACAUGUCUCAGAAUGAUUGGCUGGAUACCGUUCCGACAGAGCACAGCUGGGAGAGUGGGACAAGUGCUCUUAGUGACCCUGUGGACACUGGCUAUCCUGGCUGCCAUGGUGACGCAGAUACUCUCCUGCUUCCGAAGAGAUGUGUUUGUUCCCGAAGUCAACCUUGGGCCUGCCUCCACGAUCAACACCACAGUGGAACCCACACCCACCAAACACCCCCCUAUAAGAUGUAGUGACAAUAUCAUCUCUGCUCUCAUCCUCCCGGAUAUUGUGCUGCUCCUGGCCUAUUUCUUUGGAGUGUACCUCUUCAGCAAAGGGGAAACUGAGUACCUGUCCAGACUCGCCAGUCACGUGUUUAUUAAGAACUCAGAAUCUGGCAAUGUUUCCUACAACACAAGACUCAUCAGAAUUCUCAUUGUGUUCUUCAUUGCUGCUCUUGUGUGGUUGUUCAUGUCUCUUGUGAUACGGAUCAUCUCAGCAAUGGCAGGAAACCUGUUUGACCCCAGCCUUGUCGUGAUGUGGCCCCCGGAUGUAACAAUUAAGGGUGGAAUUCGUAUGUUUCUGGUUAUUUUCUCUCUGUUUGGUUUCUUCACCUUCGACCUAGUCUACCUCUUCUCUGUGCUCAACUACGCUGCUCAGGCUGAGAUGAAUGUGUACCUAAUCUGGGACAUAGCCAGACUCAUUAAGGAGAACAAAUACGAGCAUGUGGACGCUGCUAUUAAGGACAUCUACGAGUCCAAGCGAUACCUGAAAGUGCUGAGUCGGCGCACGGCCACUCUCACUGGCCUAGUUCUGUUCGACCUGUUCAGCCUAGCCGUGGUGGGCCUGAUUGACCUCGAGGCUGUUAAUGAGAGAACAGCCUUUCCUAGAGAUGAGAAUCUGAGGAUCCUGUCUUCAGUUGCAGCUGGUCUCAAUUGUAUCUCCUGGCUGGUGCUCGUGAUCGUGCCCUUUGUGCAGGCUGCCCGUGUGACACAUGCGUGUGAGCGACUCAAGGAUAUGGGUCCAGAGGUCAGGGCGCGCCCCUACGUAUACGAGACCACACCCCUUCUCGAUAUGGACUCCCUCGUAUCCUACCUGCAGACUACACGGCUCAGGGCGUACAUAUUCGGAGUGUCCAUACAUCCCUGGAUGGCUUACGCUGUGCUAUUAACUUUCACCUUCACUCUGUGUGUACUGUUUCAAGUUGGAACCUUCGAGAGACUCAGUCCAUACAUUUAGAGUCAAUAUAAGUGUAUACAUGUUUUUAUGAUGCUGCCAUGUGUGUGUGGGACACUUUAUUAUUUUUAUUCUUAUGAUAUUUAUUAUAUUUCACACUUUUUAUUAAUUUUGUGUUUAUUUGUGUCAUAAUUAUUAUUAUGUCGUUGUGUGGAAUUUGAGAAACUUGUUGCAUAAAAAUGA